GUUAUCUUUUAUUUUCUUUACAAAAACAACACAUAAAACAAGAUCAAAUGUGGUAAUGUUAAUGUGACAUCUUUAUCACUUGGCUCCAUUAUUUUGAGUGAUCCAAAAGCUUCUUCUUGUUUUCUUGGGAUGUUGGUAUUCAUUUUGAAUCUGUGAUCAAUGGAUGCACCAUCCAGUAGCAGAGACUCUGCCAACAAGUGGAUGGCUUUCGAGGGUGCAGCCGGUUUGGAUGCUUCCAAGAGAGUAUUAACAGAAGCAAACAUAGCAGAAAGAACAGCUGAAUGGGGGCUAAUUCUAAAGUCAGAUGUCGGGGAAGGUAGUUUCAAAGCAGUCGGAGAGCAAGAUCGAAGCAAAAACUCGUUAGAGAGAUCGUCCAGAAAGACUUCUGAGGAAUCAGAUGCUGGACCCGCCCUUCCCAGAGUCUCCCAAGAAUUGAAGGACGCUCUCGCGAGUCUACAGCAAACAUUUGUUGUUUCUGAUGCCACCAAGCCAGAUUGCCCUAUCCUGUAUGCCAGCAGCGGAUUUUUUACUAUGACCGGCUACUCUUCUAAGGAGGUUAUUGGACGAAACUGCCGGUUCCUCCAAGGUCCAGAAACAGACAGUGAAGAAGUGGAGAAGAUACGAGCAGCCGUGAAAAAUGGGAGUAGCUACUGCGGCAGGCUGCUUAACUACAAGAAGGAUGGCACUCCUUUCUGGAAUCUUCUCACUGUGACUCCUAUCAAAGAUGAGCGCGGAAAUGUCAUCAAAUUCAUCGGAAUGCAGGUAGAGGUCAGCAAAUACACUGAAGGAAUUCAAGAGAAAGCAUUACGUCCUAAUGGAUUGGCCCAGUCUUUAAUCCGAUAUGAUGCUCGUCAAAAGGACAAGGCUUUAGAUUCAAUCACAGAGGUUCUCCAAACUGUGAAAGAUCCCAAAUCUCAUAUUCGAUCUGCGAGUCAUGACAUAUCUAGCAACCUUAACUAUCUUCUGCCUAAAUCAGUUGAAUUUGACAACAUUAGUACACCUGGUAGACAAACUCAGCUGAUGGAUGAUGUCUCUCAGGAGGCUUCCAAGAAAACUAGAAAAUCAACCCGAAUUUCCAAGAUGGGGUCGAAAGCAAAAUCUUUAAGUUCUACGGGAAUUAGGGAAGCACCGCCUCCAACUGUUGAUCUAGAGCUUUUAAUGACUAAGGAGAUAAAAUUGUCAGCCAGUUGGGACCGUACCGAAAGAGAUAGGGAAAUGCGUCAAGGGAUUGAUUUGGCAACCACAUUGGAGCGCAUUGAAAAGAAUUUUGUCAUCACUGAUCCAAGACUUCCUGAUAACCCUAUCAUAUUCGCAUCCGAUAGCUUUCUUGAACUAACAGAAUAUACGCGCGAAGAAAUCUUGGGAAGAAACUGUCGGUUUCUUCAAGGACCUGAAACUGAUCAAGAAACUGUCUCAAAGAUAAGAGAUGCUAUUAGAGAACAAAGGGAAAUUACUGUUCAGUUGAUUAACUUUACGAAAAGUGGAAAGAAGUUCUGGAACUUGUUCCAUCUUCAACCUAUGCGUGAUCAAAAGGGUGAGCUACAAUACUUCAUUGGUGUUCAACUGGAUGGAAGCGAUCACGUGGAACCGCUAAGAAACCGUCUCUCUGAGCAUACAGAGCUACAAAGUGCUAAGUUGGUCAAAGCUACAGCAGAAAAUGUUGAUGAAGCUGUUCGAGAACUCCCUGAUGCCAACCUGAGACCUGAAGAUUUGUGGGCAAUUCAUUCUCAGCCUGUGUUUCCACGGCCUCACAAAAGAGAAAGUCCUUGUUGGAUAGCAAUACAAAAGAUCACUUCCAGCGGUGAAAAGAUCGGGUUACAUCAUUUCAAGCCUAUAAAGCCGUUAGGUUGUGGCGAUACUGGAAGUGUUCAUUUGGUGGAACUCAAAGGAUCAGGCCAACUCUAUGCCAUGAAGGCCAUGGAAAAAUCUAUGAUGCUAAACCGUAACAAGGUACACCGAGCGUGCAUUGAAAGAGAAAUCAUUUCACUUCUGGAUCAUCCUUUUCUUCCUACGCUCUACACUUCCUUUCAGACUUCUACGCAUGUUUGUCUAAUAACAGACUUCUGCCCCGGCGGAGAACUAUUUGCGUUGCUUGACAAACAGCCUAUGAAAUUUUUCAAGGAGGAAUCUGCAAGAUUCUAUGUAGCAGAGGUGGUCAUUGGCUUGGAAUACCUUCACUGUUUAGGAAUUAUUUACCGGGAUCUAAAGCCUGAAAAUAUAUUGCUUCAGAAGGAUGGACAUGUCGUCUUAACCGACUUUGAUUUAUCAUUCAUGGCGUCCUGCAAACCACAAAUAAUAAAGCACGCACCGCCGACCAACAGAAGAAGAUCUAGAAGUCAGCCGCCACCCAUCUUUGUUGCAGAGCCGAUAUCACAAUCAAAUUCUUUUGUUGGAACUGAAGAAUAUAUCGCUCCUGAAAUAAUAACAGGCACAGGUCACAGCAGUGCCAUUGACUGGUGGGCUCUUGGCAUUUUGUUGUACGAGAUGUUGUACGGGCGAACCCCUUUCAGGGGAAAGAAUAGACAGAAGACAUUCGCCAACAUUUUGCACAAAGAUCUGACAUUUCCAAGUAGUAUACCAGUUAGUCUGGCUGCCAGGCAACUCAUUAAUGCACUGUUAAACAAAGACCCCGAAACCCGGUUAGGAUCAAAAACCGGUGCCCAUGAAAUCAAACAACAUUCCUUCUUUCGUGGAAUUCACUGGCCGCUCAUCCGCUGCAUGCAACCGCCACCUCUGGACGUGCCUCUCCAGUUCAUUGUAAAAGAUCUUACCACCAAAGACAUCAAUUGGGAAGAUGAUGGAGUUCUUACAUCACCAACCGACUUGGAGAUUUUCUAAAUGUUUGCUUUACACUUCUGUCUAGUACAAUCUCUUCCACGCAAUUGCUAAAAGAAAAUUUGUAAUCUUAUGGAGUGAUGAGACAAGUACAUCAUUUUGUAUUAAUUGUAAAUCAUAUGUAAUUUAACUGAAAGAGGGUGGAGUGGUCCUAUAUGUUGCUUCAGGAUUUUGGCUUUGCCUCCUCUAAUGAGGCAACAUAUUGCAGACAACCAAUACGUUCAUUGCAAUUGAUAUCUAUUUCCAUA